GUGCUAGCAGUUCAUUUUAUAAUGGUUGACAAAAUUGAAAUGAGCCUUGAUGAUAUAAUAAAGUCAUCAAAACAGGCUCGAGGACCGGCAGGUCGUAGAGGAAGAGGUGGACAAAGAGGCUCAAGUUUAUCACGCAGAGGCAGCAGAGGUGGCCUUCGAGGAAGUUUGGGAGCUGCACGGAAUCCUCGUAGGGGCAGUAUUUCACGUUCUGCACCCUACUCCAGGGGUGACAUCAACAGCAAGUGGCAGCAUGAUAUGUUUGAUGGGUCUGGAACAAAGAAAAUGGGACGGAUUGGUGGAUUUGGUAUUGGAGGUUCUCCUGGUGGACCUGCAAAGCUUCUUGUGUCGAACCUGGAUUUUGGAGUUUCCGACUCUGACAUUCAGGAAUUAUUUGCAGAAUUUGGACCACUGAAGUCUGCUGCUGUUCAUUAUGACAGAUCAGGUCGGUCGUUGGGAUCAGCAGAUGUUAUAUUUGAGAGGAAGUCUGAUGCCAUUAAGGCAAUGAAACAGUACAAUGGAGUGCCUCUGGAUGGUCGAGCUAUGAACAUCCAAAUGGCCACAUCAGAAAUACCUUCAGUUCUGAGAGGAGGUAGAGUUGGAUCUAGUGGUUAUUCACAAGGUCGAAAUGAAUCGAGAGUAGGGGGUGGCAGAGGAAGAGGUAUGCGCCGAGGAGGAAGAGGUAGUUCUAGAGGCCAAUCAAGAACUGUUCCGACUGCUGAAGAACUGGAUGCAGAACUUGAUGCAUAUGUUAACAAAAUUAAGUAAAUUAAGUUUUAUUAAUGUGACUAUAAAAGAACUACUAAUCUUCAGAGAUGGAAUUUGUGAGAAUUACAUUGUGUUUUAAAAUCAUGUGUUGUGUGAGUGCAAGGAUGGAAGUGUGAUCAUGUAUCUUUAAGAGACUGCCUCAGUUCAGAAAAGUCAGAUUUGUUGCUCUGUUUUAUAUCAGAACUUGUCAUAAAAUAUGUCAUUUUCUCCAAGUCAGUCAAUUCUAAAUAGCUCUUGAGUUUGUAAAAGAAGAUAAUUCUAUAGUCACUAAUAAAUACUUGUAUUUUGUGCAGUAUGUUGAUUUUGCACAUUUUGUGCAAUUUAUGAUUUGCACACUGAAUGUUUUACACAAGGUAUUGUAUUAUGAUGAACAGAUGUCCUGGAUUUUAAGUUUUGUGUUCAGGAUAUCUGGUUUAAUAUUAAAUUGUCUACUAGAUUUUAAUUCUGCAUAUAAUUUUUAAAUUUGCUGUGAUUGCCAACAUCCAAAAACACAUAAGUCACACUCAAAGAAUCAGUUGCACUGUGCAAUAGAACAGGAAUAAAGAAGUUCUGUACA